CGGCUGAGUUGCACGGCGCUGGUGAAAUAGCUGCAGAUCUUCGGGCUCUGACAGAACGUCUGAGCGCCAACGUUCGAGUUCCUAACGGACUCUCAGCAACGGUUCAUUCGCUAGAGUGAAGGAGAGAGGGGGAGGGGCCAGAACCUCAACUUGGUGGUGGGAAUGAAAUAAAGAAUAUAAAGAAAGGAUAAGCCAAGUUUCCCUCCGGAAUUGAGUUUGUGCAGCAAUUAACAUCGGCUGUGGUCAUAACACAAUCAAAGGAGUAAAAUGUAAACACGGUGCAUUGUUUGCAUUCAGGGUGAAUUUGCAUAAAAGAGGCAAUCGACGAAAUAUCUACCAUAAGAUGAAGUAUCUCUGCCUGCCUCAGCGACCAUAAACAGGGAACAAAAUGAACUCAAGCUGUGCUGACAGGGAUGACGGAAGCAUUUUUGAUAGACUAAUGGAAGAAGAUGAUAAGGACAAAGCAAAAAGAGUGUCUAGGAACAAAUCUGAGAAGAAACGACGAGACCAAUUCAAUGUGCUGAUCAAAGAACUUGGCUCCAUGCUACCUGGUAAUACUCGGAAAAUGGAUAAAUCAACAAUAUUACAGAAAACAAUUGACUUUUUACAGAAGCACAAAGAAAUCACAGCACAAUCAGAUGCUAGUGAAAUACGGCAUGACUGGAAGCCUACAUUCCUUAGCAAUGAAGAGUUUACACAACUGAUGUUAGAGGCAUUAGAUGGAUUUUUUAUAGCAGUAACAACUGAUGGAAACAUAAUACAUGUAUCAGAAAAUGUGACUCCCUUACUUGAACAUUUACCUUCUGAUCUUCUGGAUCAAAAUUUAUUGAAUUUUCUGCCAGAGGUGGAACAUUCGGACGUUUAUAAAUUCCUUUCUGCUCAAAUAUUGGAAAACGGUUCUUUGGUCCCAGAUUAUUUAAACUCAAACAAUCAGCUAGAAUUCUGCUGCCAUAUGCUAAGAGGAACAAUAGACCCUAAAGAACUGCCUGUAUAUGAAUAUGUAAAAUUCAUAGGGAAUUUAAAAUGUCUGAAUAACGGAGUUAUAGUAAAGCCAACUUAUGAAGAAAGAGUUUGCUUUGUAGCAACUGUCAGAUUAGCCACACCACAAUUUAUUAAGGAAAUGUGCACUGUUGAAGAACCAAAUGAAGGAUUUACAUCAAGACACAGUUUGGAGUGGAAAUUUUUGUUUCUUGAUCACAGGGCAUCUCCAAUAAUAGGCUAUUUACCAUUUGAAGUGCUAGGCACAUCUGGCUAUGAUUACUAUCAUGUGGAUGACUUAGAAAAAUUGGCAAAAUGCCAUGAAUACUUAAUACAGUACGGAAAGGGCAGGUCUUGCUACUACAGAUUUCUUACAAAAGGGCAACAAUGGAUGUGGCUUCAGACUCAUUAUUACAUUACUUAUCAUCAGUGGAACUCCAGGCCAGAAUUCAUUGUCUGUACUCAUACUGUUGUAAGUUAUGCAGAAGUACGAGCAGAGAGAAGACGAGAGCUUGGAAUAGAAGAGUCCCCAUCAGAGAUUAUUGCUGACAAGGAUUCAGGAUCUGACACUAAGCUAAACACAAUCAGUCUCAAGGAAGCAUUGGAAAGAUUUGAUCACAGCCAUACUCUAUCUGCUUCCUCCAGGAGUUCGAGAAAGUCUUCUUCACAUACUGCAGUGUCCGAUCCAGCCUCAACACCCACAAAGCAACUGACUACAAGCACACAUCCACAACUGAAAAUAGCAUAUGGUCAUGAAAUGACUCCCCAGAGAAGGGCAUCACUGAGCAAUCAGUUCUCUGUGCAGCUAGGGGCUAUGCAACACCUAAAGGAGCAGUUGGAACGGAGGACACGGAUGUUGGAAGCAAAUAUUCAGCAGCAGCAAGAAGAACUUUGCAAAAUCCAGGAGCAGCUUCACCUUGUCCAAGGACAAGGACUUCAGAUGUUCUUGCAACAACCAACAUCAGGACUAAACUUCAAUUCAGUGCAGCUCACAACAGAAAACUCUUGCAAUAUCCAGCAACUUACAUCCAUCACACUGCAGGGGCAAAGUGUUCAAACAAAUCAGAUUCAAGGAACAAUGAAAACUGGUCCAAUUAACACUCAUCAUGUAAUGCAACAGCAACCUCUUCUCAGGGAGCAAUGCACAACUUCAGCACAGCAGGUUCAGCAGACUUUGCAAACUAACCACAGACAACAGACCUCAGUUUCCAGUCAAGAUGCCCUCACAGCCUCUCUCUAUAACACUAUGAUGAUUUCCAAGCCCAAAACCACAAAUGUUGAGCAACUUACUUCUACUUUAUCCCAAAAUUCCAACCAAAGCUGUGCAGUUAUCACUUUCACUCAGGAUAGACCGCUGCGAUUCACUCAAGACCAACAACUUGUGACAAAGCUGGUGACUGCUCCUAUGGGAUGCAGUGCAGUUAUGGUUCCAACAACAAUGUUCAUGGGUCAAGUAGUGACAUCUUAUCCCACCUUUGCCACUCAGCAGCAACAAUCUCAGACUUUGCCAUUGGCACAAGGCCAGCAAGAGCAGCAACAGGAACAAACAGCCACAGCUCCACCACAGUCCCAAACACCUGUCCAUCAGCCACAGCAAUGUUGACAGGUACCUAGAUUACCUCUCAGUAAUCAAUCCACCCAGCUUAUUCUAUCAGCCACUUUUCCUCUACAACAGAGUACUUUCACUCAUCAGCAGCUUCCCCAGCAUAGGACUGACGGUUUAUCAGAUCCUUCUAAAGCACAGCCACUGUGUGCUGAGUGCAGUCAUUUCUAAAAAUAAAAUCAACAGUAGGCACUAGCUGUAUCAGAUAACUUGUAUAAAUACAACCUUGCAGCUUUAAUUCAUUGUUAAAAGAAUGCAGUGUUCUGAAGUCAGUUGCUAACAUUGGAAGAUAGCUGGAGUAUUCUAAAUAUGGGAUUACACCAUACUCACCGUAAGGUGCUUAUAUUUACUGUAUUAUUGCAAGCUGAUCCAGCGGAAAAGAAUAAGUUAUACGGGUUUUUGAUCUGAGGACCAUGAGCUCCUUAAUACUUGAUUUGCAAUCAGCAGCUUUAUCUGUUUCAUUCUGUAAGAAUGCACUGCCAACUAUUAACCAGUGCAAACAAUUAUCAACUUCAGUAAAACAAAAGCACUAAUGUAUUGAUAGUUGUGUUUGUAAUGGCGAGAUAAGCUGCUUCUUUAACUUGGAUAGAGUAUGGUAGCUGUUGGACUGCUACCUCUACAGUGUCUGUUUCAACCAUUAUGGUGAAAAUUGAAAGGACAGUUUUGAGUGUCAGAUACUAUUUUCUGAAUGUUUUAUAAGUGUUUUCUUUAUUGUACAAAUUUUGUUUAAAUAUUGUGUAAAUAACCAGGAAAUGGCAAGUGAAAGAUUUUAUAUGAAGCAUGUAAGUGUAACCUGUUCGUAGAUUUAAAUGUUUUAACUUUUAUUCUGUAGAGAUGCAGAGGAUAUUUUGUCUUUUACUCUUAUCAUUCACUCAAGCAAAUGGCAUCUACAUGUUGACAUUUAUUUUUCAAGUACUAAUGUGUCAUUUUGUUCACUUUAUUGCUUUAUGGGAUAGAAAUGGGCUUAAAUUAUGUUAAAAUGAAUAAUCAAAUCAAUCGAAAGGCUGAUUGAGUAGAUGCCCAGUAAAAUGAUGUUUAAGAUUAUCUAUUCUGUUUUAUGAAAACAACACACCUGAAAUCUGAUGACUUUGAUUCCCUUUUCAUUCAACUUUAGUCAUAACUGAAUUGGUCAAGACUGCUACUGCAUUACAGUAUCCUGUUCCAUUUUGAUGUAAAUUAUAGCUGUAUAACGUGGUUUCUUUGCAUAAAGUGAUAAUAUGAACACUUAAUAUGCAGUAUUCUAAUACAGGUCUCUUUGUUUAGGUACGUUAAUAUUGUUUUUUUAAAUUUGAGCUUUAGUCAUUUUAAUGUCAUCAAUUCAAUAUUUUCAAUUAAUAUUAAUAAUUUUGUAUUAUGUUUUCUCAAUUAGACUUUUAACUGAAAUAUAUAAAAAUAGUGACCAAGAAAACCUUUUCUCCCCUCCCAUAUUUCCAGAGCAUUAUUAAGUAAACUAAGAGUAAGGGAAUCUACAGAUAUAGUUAAAGAGUUUUGUAAAUAUUCUGAAAAGAAGGCCUUUUGACAGAGCCCAGUUCUACACCAUAAUGUGUCAUUAAACAAACUGACAUUCCUGGAUGAUAACUUCAAACUGUUUAUGUGUGCCCGUGACUUAUAAGAAGGACAGCACCUCUAAUAAAAGAAGUUUCAAGAAAUUAAUAAUAUCUGAGUUUCCAAUAAAGGAAAAUUACGUAACCUGUUUUGUGAUCCUUGAAAAGAAAUUCUUUAUGUUCUCAGAAUUGCAAAAUAUAUCAGCACUUUUCUUUCUAUCAAGUAGUAACAUUGGUUAAGGAUAAAAAAAAUCCUAAAGCAUCAUUCAUAACCUUUCCAAUGUGGAAAUAUUGUUGUUACAAUUUUGUAAUGGUAAAAUUGGUAUUUUGUUUG